AUUAUGUAAACAUUUGCACGUGAAAAUGGGAACAGAGGUUUUACUUUACGUGCCAAAUUUAAUAGGUUACCUGAGAUUAGCUUUACUAUGUGCCAGUUUAUGGUUCUAUAGUAGCCCUGUCUGGUUCCUUUCAUUAUAUGGCCUGUCAGCAUUUUUAGACGGCUUUGAUGGUUAUUUUGCCAGGAAAUUGAACCAGUCUUCUGUAUUUGGUGCUUGGUUUGAUGUGGUUAUAGACAACAUCAGCAGAGGAUUUUUGUGGUGUCUUCUUUACAAGUGGGGUUAUGGUGUUAUUCUGGUUGAGUGGCUGACAUUUGUGUGUACUCAUAAAAGGGGAGCUAACUGGAGGAUACCAGAUGAAAAUUUUCCAUUACUUUGUAAACUUGUUAUGCAGAAUUGUUUUAAAUCACCAUUAGGCAUUAUAGCCCUGACUGGUGUCCAUUGUUUACCUGUUUGGUUGUAUGCCUGUGAUUCUAAUUUUUUGACUGACCUUGGCCUUCAUUUGUGGUUACAAUACACAGGUUCAGCAGUAUUGGUUGUAGGCAGGUUAUUAGCCUUCAGGGUAGAGAUAUUUUACAUAAUGACACAUAUCAGAACUAUGCUUGAUGAAACAGCAUCGACUUCAGAUUAAAUGUUAUUGUGAUGUGAAUUUGUUUUGAAGUCACAACGAAGCAAAAAAUGUAAAAUAAUGUCACUGCCAUAUCGAGAAAAAGUUGUUUUUUAACUGUUUCCUUAUGCAUUUAUACCAACUUUUUUAUUAUAAUAUAAGGAAGGAAUGUACUGCUUUUUUAGGUAGAUGUUUUUCACAGGGUAAAGAAAAUGAUAUUUGAAAUUAUUUUUUUCUUGCUUUGCUAAUUUGUUACUUAAAAUCAUUUUUUCUCGCUAUGCUUGGUAAUAUUAUUUUUUUAAUAUCCUACCUCAUAACUGAAAUCCAAAUCCAGAUGUUUUCUGUCAUAAAAAAGAAAUGACAUCCAUGUUAAUAUCAUUUUCAUGUUCUUUGUGCAUUUAAACUGGUUCUGACCAGUUGAAUAAGUAUUUGAUAAAUCACACUUUGAAUAAAUUGUUGCAUUUGAUUUUCCAUCAAAUCUUUUCAUAAUAUUUUACUUGAAUUAUCACAAAUAGCAGAGUAUUGCAGAAUCUAAAUUGGGGCCUCGGUGGCCGAGUGGUCUAAGUAGUUACUACUGUAAUCACUAGCCAGUCAACACUGAGGUUGUGAGUUCGAACCCCGUUCGUGCGGGUGCACUCGACUCCAAUCUUAAUUGACUAGGAUUGUCAGUUUUCCUAUCGAAGGUCGUUGGUUUUCUCUGGGCACUCCGGCUUCCUCCACCAAUAAAACUGGGCGCCACGAAAUAGCCCAAAAGCAGUGCUUAAAAGUGGCGUUAAAACACCAAAAAUCAAAUCAAAUCAGAAUCUAAAUUAUGUACAAGGAAUAAUUCACCGUUUCAGAAUCUAAUGAAUUCUGGGUAAUAUUUUCACAAAGAGCACAGCACAACGUUGUGAUUGGCUUAAAAUGUCAUAAACAAUGGGAAUUCAACCAAUGAAAUGACAUAAUUUUCAUUUUGGGGUUAAACAAUGAAAUUACCCACAAUCCUUUAGAUUAUGAAACGAACAAAUUUGAGACAGUGUUUAAUUUUUUUGUCUUUUACCACACAAUUUGACAUCUUUUUCAGUUCUUUUUUUAUGGUCUGAAUAAUAAAUAAGGUUGAAGAUGAAAAUUGAAAAAAGGAAAGCAACAUCAGCCCCUAUGGCUGAGUUAUGAUGUGAUGAAUCGCAAAUAAUUACCUGCAAAAAAUAUUUAACUUAUAUUGAAAAACUUGAAAAAAAAACUGAUUAUUUCUUCAAAAGUAUUUCAACAGUUAAGUACUGUAAAUUCAGAAAUUAUAAUGUGCAAUUAUUAUUGCCAUUUUUGACCAAUGGACAAAAAUGCGAGAUUAAUUAGUUUAAAUUCAGGAAAAGCUGCAUACAAAUAUAUGUACCAGAUAUCAAAAUGCAAGUUCUUGUUAUUGCAAUACUCACCCAGUCGCAUUAUUCACAUUACCCGUAAUAAAAACCUAGCAAUAAUUCCAGAAUUUACAGUACAUUUCACCUGCUUUGAAAUUUGAUCCAUUGAAAACAAGAAGUAAUAUAAUGAGGAAAGUUUUAAAAUAUAUAUUUCAAAAUAUUUUUUAUUUGUUUAUAGUUUGUUAAAUCUUAGUAAAUAUACUUUUGAACACAUUCCACUUAUAUUUAUUCAUGUUAGAAAAUAUAAUGAUAUGAUUUAUGUUUCUUAAAAAAAUUAAAUUUAUAUUUAGUAUGUUUAUAUAUACUUAUUUUGUAAUAGAUAUUUGUCAUAGAUUUUCAUAUGUUUUUGUGCUUUUAUAUAACAUAUACAGAUAUGGUGUUUAUAUAUAUAUAUGUGUUUCUGGCACCAAAUAUCAUCUUUUAAUUGUAUUUGAAAUCCAACAAUUUUAUGCCCAAAAAUGAGAGAAAAAUAUGAUUUCUAUUGAUUUUUGUCCACCACGCAACACUUUGUUGCAGAAGCAAUAUAUAGCAAGCCUACAUUCUGUCUUCAGCGUCAUCAACAUUUAAGUUCAGUCUGUGAUUGAAAUUUUUUUAGGCAUCAAUAACUUUGUAAAACCUUCAUGGAGUUUUAUGAAAUUUUGACAGAUGCGUUUUUUAUGAUCAAAAGACAAUAUACUGAGAAAAAUAGUUUUGUUCAUUUUUCCAUAUUUUACUGAUAAAAGAACUUAAUUUUUUUUUGCAGUUAACAUUUAAAUACAGUGUGGGGUUAAAUUUUUAAAAAGCAUCUAAAGAAAAAAAUAUGAUUUUUAAGAUUUUUUUCUAUAAUUUUACUGAUAAAUGGACAUAGUUUUUGGCUGUCAAUGUAUCACUUUUUCUCUGACAGCAGCGAUAGCUGGUAAUAGCCAGAAGACUCAGGGCUCCGAGGAACCAUUAAAUAGUCCUUUGAGUUUGGCGUUAAUUAUUGGCAGGGGGCAUAAAAUAUGCAAUUUCAUUAUAUUGUGAUAUUGUGAACAAAUGUUUUAAUCAAAAGAGCAGUUUUCAUAUAAAUUUAAAAAAAAAAACCAUUAAUAUAAGCAUGAUAAGUAAUGAAAAAAAUAUUAAUUUCAAAAGUAUUUUAGUAUUGUAAAAGAAAAUUGAGUAUAAAUGGCAUUUCUUUUAUAGAUAAACAUUUAUGCACUAUUGACAAAUUUUGCGUAACAAUGUUUGACAACUUGUAUUAUUAUUUUUCAUAUGUACAUUUAUAUAUAUAUAUAUACAAGUCUAAAUUGAAAAACAACGUUCAAACCUAUGAUUGUGUUGGAUAAAAACCGCAAUUUUUAUACAUGUGCAUGUAAAACAAAUUUCUUGGUAGAGGGGUCUAAAUACAGCACAAACAACAUUUUCUUAAAGACCAAAAGAGUGAAAAAGUAUAUUUUAACAAAACGCAUUUGACUAACAGGUCGAACAACGGAUGUUCUUAAACCCUGCUGACUGCCAUUGGCGAUUGCCAAAUAAAUUGAUCACCAGAUUUAACAAAAUGGAUCUUAAUAUUAAUUUAAUACCAAACAGAAAACAAUUAACUUGCCGAAAGAUGGUAUUCCACAAACUUGAGGUGCAAAAAUUUGUACACCAUUUCCGGAUUUCUACAAUUAAUGUCUCUUCAGUGAUGUUAGGGAUCGAAACGGUAUUUUGAAGGCCAUAUAAUUUACCUCAAUUUAGGAUAGACUCUUGAAUUUUGAAAGAGUCAAAAUAGGAUGAACGGAUCAUAUAAACCCUAAGGAAAAUAUAAUACAAGCCCAAAUGAAAAAAUAUAAACAAGUCUAAAUUGAAAACAACGUUCAAACCUAUGAUAUAUAUAUAUAUAUAUAUAUAUAUAUAUAUAUAUAUAUAUAUAUAGCACAAUAGCCUUGAUAUGUAUUUGAUAUGUUUGGUAGAUGGUUGUUGGUGUUUAACUCCAUUUCAGCACUAUAAGCUAUUUCGUGGCAUUCAGCUUUUAUGCAUUAUGUACUGAAAGGGUACUUAAGUAAAACAUAUUGUUGAUUUUUGGGUAAAGAUUGCAUGAAAUGCAAUCAAAACCCUAUGGUACUGACUUGAUAUCUAAAUCUAAAGGUUUAUCACUACUUUUGAGAUACACAAAAUAUAGUGCAUUGAUCAUAACAUUCUAAACAUCCUAUCCAUGAACAUUUCCAGAAAUUUGUCAAUGAAAUAUAUGCUCAGAUAUUCAUGUUACAAAAUGAUGUUACACUUGUCAAGAAAAUUACAUAACUUGUGCAAGGUGCAGUAAUCUAAUUUUGGUAGUUGAAUCAACUACAACCAAUGUUUUUACGAUGCAAUGUUUAAUUUUACUUCCCACUGAUAAAUUAAAGCAAUCUUUACCCUUCAGUGCUUACAAGCACUUUGAUUAUAUCUGUUGAUUGAUGACAACUUUGUUUUCAAAUAAAUGAAAUUUAUUAUAGAAACAAGGUGUAAUUAGAGAUACAUGUAUAGGGUUUUUCAUUUUCAUUUUCCCACUGGUUUACUUUGAUCACAGUUCGAUUUUCAAAUCCCAUGAUGUGCUAGUGUCAGAAAGUAAUUAGAAGAGGUAUUUGUGACCUUUGUUUUAUAAACCUUGGGUGAAGCAAACUUGUCAUAAUAAAACUUAUUGAUGUUUAUAAAAUUAUAAAGAAGUGAUAUAUAAUAAGUAUUGACAGAACUGAAGUUGUUACAAAAUGUUUCAGCUAAUCUGGUUUAAAGAUGUAAGUUUUGUUUCGUAUUUGCAGAUAUAACUAUAUUGCAGUCAGGGUGUUCAUUAGGGAAGGACCAUUUAACUUCAAGGGAGGGUUAUGGUUUUUUCCUAAAAAAAUAUUCUGAUCCCCAAUUUGAUGAAAAAAAAUAUUGUGGUCAAGCAGAUGACAAAAAAAAAUUAUUCUGAAUCCAGAUUUUUCCCAUACCUUAUCGUGUUAAAUUUUGAAAAAAAAUAAUUUGAUUGAUAGCAUCGAAAAACUAAAAAAAAAAAGUUCAUGAAAAAAAAUUUCUUACUCAGACAAAAAACCAUAAACCCCCCUCCCUUGAAGUUAUGGUUGCUCCCUUACUUAUAUUUUCAACUUUCUUUGAUAUAUAAAUGUACCUUUUUUGCCUGUUUUGUAUCACCUUGACGAGUUCACAGAGGCUGUAUCAGGUGAUGGUGACAUCAUCUAUUGUUAUAGUUUGUGAUUAGGUAUAAGGGAACCCCUAAUGUUUAGUCAAAAAUAUUUGGUAGGCAGUUGUGUUAUAAUUGGCACAUCUCAUUUGCAUGGGGAUUUGUGAAUUUGAAACUGGCACAUGGCAGGUGCGUUCCAUUCCAAACUUAAAUGACUAGGAUUUUCAGUUUUCCUUUCAAAUGUUGUGGUUCUCUCCGGGCACUCCAGCUUCCUCUGCUAAUAAAAACUGACUGCCAUGAAUUAACGCAAUCAAUCAAUCAUUUUUGAAUUUGAUAUAAGUAUGUCAUCCAGGUAUGUUAAUGUUGAAAACUAGUUUUAUUAUCCAGUCCAUUGGCAUCAAUUUGGAAAAUAAAGAUAUCCAUAAAAAAAGUGUGAACAUUGAGAAAAGAACAUGAAUCUAAUUUUUAUACGUACAUUUACGGGGAGUAUUAUGGUAUACCGUUGUCCGUCUGUCGUAUCCUCCGUCUGUCCGUCCGUCGUCAACAUGUCAGACAAUAACUCAAAAACACUUAAACCAAUUGGCAUGAAACUUUGGUGAAUUUUUUAUAUCUAUUGACCUGAGCUCCCUUUGGUUUUUUAUAAAUUUUAGAUUUUACGUUUCCGAGUUAUGGGUUUUUUUUCAUUAAAAAAGGGGGAUUUUCCAGUUUUCAGACAAUAACUCAAAAACACUUUCACCAAUUUGAAAGAAACUUUGGUGAAUUGUUUAUAUCUAUUGACAUGUCAGCUCCCUUUUGAUUUUUAUAAAUUUUAGAUUUUACGUUUCUGAAUUAUGGGGUUUUAUUCAUUUAAAAAAGGGUGAUUUUCCAGUUUUUGGACAAUAACUCAAAAAUGCUUUCAGCAGUUUUCAUGAAACUUGAAUUGUUUAUAUCUAUUGACGUAAGCUCCCUUUUGAUUUUUAUAAAUUUUAGAUUUUAGGUUUUCGAGUUAUGGGAUUUUAUUCAUAAAAAAGGGGAGAUUUUCCAGUUUUCUGACAAUAUCUUUAAAGUGCUUUGAGCAGUUUUCAUGAAACUUUGGUGACUGGUUUAAAUCUAUUAAGAUAACCUCCCUUUAGUUUUUCAUAAGUUUCUGAUAUGACAUUGAGAAGUUAUUGAACUUAUUCUUUGAAAAAGCGACGGGCGUAUCAUGCACUCAUGGCGUAGCUGUUUAUUAAUCAUGCUGAAAUAUGAUGGUGUUAUUGUGGCCCUAUCGUGUUGUUGAUCACUACACAGAAGUGUGAUGGUUUACAUAAUCUAUAUUGUCAAUGUUUUUCUUGUUUACAUGUCCAUGUUGAAGUAAGGUUGUUUGGGUUUUUUUUAGAAUCAGCUUUACAGAUUUUUAAGUAAAUCAACAAGCGUACGUAGCAAAAUUAAAUAGGAAGAUAUUUAUUUAGUAUGACAGUCAGACACUGUAACUAAGGACAUACAAAAUAUAAGACAUAUUCUUGUUUUUUCUAAUGUAACAAACACAGUUAAAAGAUGUUGAUGAUAUAUUAGCAGGAUACUUGGAGAUGACAUUCAAACAGUAUACGAUAAUCACGUAAUACUUAUUUGUAUGGUCAAAAAGCUUAUUGCAGGAUGAUAAAUCUUUAAAUAAUUCUUUUAUUUCAACCAUACACAUACAUAUAUAAUCAAUACCGAAAUGCCACAAAUAUUUUACUAACAAUAAUGAAUGCACAUUUAUAUACUAACUUAAAAAUAUCUACUUCUCAUAAUAUUGAGAUUUUAAACCAGCCAAGAAUGGUCUGGACAGGGGUCCUUCAUUUUAUUCUAUUCUUUAUUUUUUAGGCCAUUUUUCUCUAUAUCUUUAUUUUUUUGCUUGUAAUCCUCAAUUCAUUAUAUUUUAGCACAAUUG